CUUGAAGAAAACCAACAAGAAAAAUAUUCUAGAAAAUCAGUUGCCCCAUCCACUACUUUUAUUAAUGAUGUAUCUGGUACAAAUUUAGUACUCGAGGUAAAUCAACAAGAAAAAUAUUCUAGAAAAUCAAUUGUCCCUUCAACUGUUUUUAAUGAUGAUAUAUCAAAUACAAAUGUAGUACUUGAAGAAAACCAGCAACAGAAUUGUUCAUUACAAUCAAUUGCUAUGUCUGUUUUUAAUCAAAAUCAAUCUCUUGGAACUCAAGACGUAUCAAAUAUAUCUGUAUAUAAUCCAUCUCAAUUUGCUGAAAAAUUUGACACUUCUAAGUGUCUCCCUACUUGGUCUGCUGAAAAAGAAGAAACAUCUUUGUAUAAUUCAAUCCAGUCUGCUGAAAAAGAAGAAAUAUCUUUAUAUAAUUCAUCUCAGUCUGCUGAAAAAGAAGAAAUAUCUUUGUGUAAUUCAACUCAGUCAAUGGAGAAAGAAGAUACAUCUGAAAUAAUUAAAGAAUAUCAGCUAAAAAAUUAUUCUAGAAAAACGAUUGGUCCAACCUCUGUAGUAUUUACUCAUAGUGAAUCUCUUGAUGAUAGUAUGUCAAAUAUUUCACUGAACACUGAAGAAAGCAAUAAACCAAAAUUUGAUAAAACACUGGAUUCUGAGGUUCCCGUAUCUGUUGAUAAUCAAUCUAUUCUUCAAUCAGAUGUAUCUAUUCAUAACGAAGAAAAAUUAAUUUCAAAAAACAAACAUCAAUCUGUAUUACUUAAUAUGAUUAGUGAUGAUAACUUGAAUUCACCUUUCAGGAAAAAACCAAAAACAUCUAUAGUUCUAACACAUUCAACAAAUUCACCUGUUAAAGAUCAAUACAUUGAUAAUAAAUUAGAAAUUAUUGAUGAUAUUUCUCCAGAGAAUAAUGUUAGUAAAAUGGAUAUAUCGAUUGAACAUGAAUUUGAAAAUGAUAGUAUAAUACAAAAUUCUCCUGAAGUCUUAGUUGUUUCAAAUGAAGGUAAGAAACUUGAUAAUAUUAUUGUACAUGAUCAAAUGUGCGAAACAAAUAUAGAAAAAAUUGUCAUGGAACCUAGUGAAUCAGAAAUAAGUAAAACAAAUUUAAAUAAAUUAGUUAAAGAUAAUGACAUUUUUAAAGAAAAUGAAAAAAUAAAUGAAGAAAAUAAUAAAAAUAAUUCUAUAAAAGUAACUGACAAUAUUAGUAUGACUAAUCACGUUUUAAACUCAAAAUCGUAUUCACCCAGUUGUUGUGAAGACAACACUACAAAAUCUAUUUGUGUUAAUAAUAUAAAUAAUAUUACAACAGACCAAACACUUCAAAAUAAUGAAAAAUCAUGUUUGGUAAAUCGAAAAAGAAGUUACAGUAACAGAGAUUGUGCACCUUUAUCUUGUUCGUCAUUUAUGACUAAACCUAAUAUUUAUAAUAAUAUGGAUGAAGAUUUCAACACAGAUGAUUUUAUUCAACAAAGUCCUAUUAAAAAUGAUGUUACUAACAAAAGCUUAGCUAAUGAACAAUUAGAAAUAGGAAAUGAGCUUAAGGAAAGUUUGAUUGAAAAUGAGUCCAUAAAAGAAAAUUUGUGUAAUGAAGUUUUAGAAUUUUUAACUAGGUGGAAUGAGCAAUUUAUUGAAAAAAAAUUAGUUCUUGAUAAGUGUACAAACAAAGAAUGGAUUUUUAAUGUAUUAGACAGUCAUUUAAUUUUAAUAAUAACAUAUUCAAGUAUUUCUAAUAACUAUUCAUUUCUUAAAGUAGAAGAUAUAUCAUUUACUUCAAAGUCUAUUGCAAAAAAUGAAAUAAUAAAAUUUGGAAUAAAUUGGAUCUUAUCAAAAUACAAUCCAAAGGUAUACAAACAAAUAUGUUUUACUUCAAGAGAUGUAGAACUAUUAUUAAAAUCUCUGUUAGGGGAUGUUCAUUAUAUUAGUAAAGUAAUGAACAAUAUGUCUUAUGUAAGUGAUAUAUAUUGUGUCACAUUUAAAGAUAAUAAAGCUCAAUUUGUAGUACAUAAUAUGAAAUGCCCAUUGAUGGUACGCAUUGAGAUAACAUUGUCGAAUAUUCAUAAGCUUUCUAUUAAAGAUGUGUCAGUCGAUUGUUUGUUUGGUAAUUUCAACACAAAAUUAUUGGAAGAAAUAAUGGAAGAUAUAACAAAAGAUCAUAAUGUUUUGCAGUCUUUAGUAGAAAAAUUAAUUAAAUUCUAUUCGCACUAAAUAAAUUGACUGAUUUAUAAGUUCUAAAAAUAUUAAGUAUAAAUUAAUGUAUUUGAAUAUAAAAAUAAGAUAACA